GCCAUCACCGUCAUUUCGGAAUCUUGUCGAGGAUGGAGAUUCGCCGGCGCGUGGCGGACGGGCCGAGAGAGAUGACCCCGCGGGCCCGGCGAGACAGCGCGCCUCGGAGCCGGUCGGGCUCACUACGCCACCAGGAACCAGGAGGCCGGCCCGCUGCAGUCGCGCAACAACGAAAGGACCCGGCUCCUCGCCACGAGCAACGAGCGCUGCGAUAUGUGCAACGGCCUCUGGACAGAUACCGUGGUCUUGGGCGUCGCAUCCUCCUCCCACACGCCCGUAGAUGAGAGCUCGUCGUCCCGGUUCCAUCCCAGCGGGAUACUCUUUGCGGCGCGCUUCAUCUCGAGCCACCCGAUGAUCCAGACGCGCGACGACUAUCUCACGUCCCGAAUGGAUAUCAACCAGUCGGGCGUCUCCAAGAUCACGACCAAGGAAGCGGUCCACCUCACACGCCACCCGGACCCAUAUACUCAUCUCGCCUUGCUCCCGUACGUGGAACGAGCCGGUGCAGACCAAAGCGGCGGCAAGAAACCGACGUGGUGCCAAGACCACGCGAACGAGAUGCAGCGCACGAGCUCGAACAGACCGGUCCCGACGCUUAAAGCCCAGCUCUGGCGCGAGAGCUACCUGGACGGCGACUCCAUUGCGAUCUGCCUCCUCGCUGCCCUCUUGCAGCACCGCAACCUGUCGGUUCUUGAACAAACGAUCGAUGCGCUCACUUCGCAAUUGGCCAUGAACGAUUCGAAAUGGGCCAUUGACAUCGCAACGUGCUUCCACACGUUCAAGGACGGGAGUGACACCAAGAGCCUCAAACACGACUCGCUCAGCAUGCGCGUCGAGCAGGCGUACACUUUUUUCCACGCCGCGAACCGCGACGUCGUGAAGAAGGCGUCGGACGCGCACAAGUUCCUCGUCGUGUUCAAGAUGCUCCUGAAGUGGCAGAAUCUUCAUUACACGGUGCGGACCUCCACCGAGGAGGACAUGCCGACCGCGUCCCGGGACCGCUGGUUGGACCUCGUCAAGGCCGGCCUUUACGACGCGAAGACGUUCGUGGAGAAGGACGCGAACACGGGCUUUUGCAACGCCGUUUUCAACGAGCCGGCGCCUGCGGACGACGUCGCGGCGCCAAUGCCGCAGCGGUUCCACGACCGCGUCGCGAUCUACUUGUUGAGGUCGAAGCAUACGAAGGAGAUCAAGUUUGACGUCGAUGCGCUCUCUCGGGAGCGCGAGCCUCUCCUUCGGUUUCUCGUGUUUCUCACGAACCGCCAGGCCGUCCCGACGCAGCGGCUCCCAACGUGGGUCCUCACGUUCGACGCCGUCCUUGCGCACGACAUAUUCAAGCUCAUCAAGAUCAAGGGCCUCAUCAUUGACAAAGCGAUGGUCGCGCAAGCCGUCGACGCGCUUUCCUUUUCCUUCCCGAAAUAUUUUCCGCGCAAGCUGACGGUCGCCCAGUGUGCGCGCUUCGCCGGAUAUUUGCCGUUCGACCGAGCAACUUCCGUCAAGCUCCGAGCGUUCGACGCCGCCGACGACGAUGCCGACGCCGACGACGAUGACGACGCCGACGACGACGAUGAUGAUGACGGGCCGCCUCCCGCGAAGCGCCAAAACACGGGCUCGGCUCCAGCGCUGAACACGGCGGCUGUCGACGGUCAUGGUCAGGGCCAGCACUUGCUUCAAAGCAGCGAACUCAUGGAGCUCGUGCGCGCGGCGUUCGAAGCGCGCGACCAAGAGAUUGCGAGCCACGAGCAAGAGCGUGGGCAAUAUCUCUCGACAAUCGAGCGUCUUAUGAGCCAACUCGCCGACUACGAAGAAGAAGAGACAAAGGAGUGAGCUCUCUCGCUUCUGCAACUUGUGUAUAUGAGUUGUCGGGCCUCGUGUAAUGACUUCCUAAUCAAUACAUGUCGUGUUAUGCUUGUUUUC